AUGCUUUCCAUCUCGGCGAUCAAGGAUCUUGAUUAUAGCCCUAAACCACUCGACUCGCGAGAUCCUGAGCGUGAACUUGAUAUAUAUUCUCCAACAACAAACAAUGAAAAUUUGCCUGUAAUCCUCUUUGUACAUGGUGGUGCCUGGCGGACGGGGGAUAAAUCAGAGCACAUUCAACUUGCAGAGCGCUUGUCCCAACAAGGAUUCGUUGUGGUCGUGAACAAUUACAGACUUAGCCAUAAGUCGGAAAACAAUGGACCACCUGUUAUUCAACACCCAUCCCACAUUAAAGAUACCAUGGACGCGGUGCGCUAUAUACAAAGCCGUUAUGAAGGGAGAAAAUUGUUCCUUGUCGGUCACUCCGCGGGCGCGCAUAUUAUUCUUUCGAUCGCGCUAAAGCCCGAAUUUCAGCUCACCGGCAUAGAUGGUUAUUUAGGAAUAGAAGGAAUUUAUGACAUUCCUCUCUUACUCAAGACUUUCCCUGGAUACCUCGAUUUUAUACAACAGGCUUUCACGGACGAUCAGGCAGAAUACAAUAAAGCUUCUCUGAUUGGGUUUACCCCCGCUCCUACACGUUCCCCGAUUGCUCUGUUGUACAGCCCUGAGGACGAAUUGAUAGACCCCGGACAACACGAAUCCAUUUAUAGUUGGCUGAAGUUUCACGACAUACUAGCCACGGUAAAUGCCAACCUGCAUGGAAAACACGACGAAUGUUUGACCACUUCCGAGAUGACUGAUGCCAUCGGUGAUUUUGUCAGGAACCAACUCUAA